ACCAAUCAACUAAAUAUUAUAUCAAGUUGUCGAUUGAAUUUGUAUUUGUUCAAUUGUCGUUCAUAUAUCCGGGUGGGGAUUGUGCAUGUUUAUAUUUUAGACGGAUUAUCAAUUUCAACUUUUAAAGAAGUAUAUCAUCUGGAGAAUAUUGGUGAGUCAUGAAUUAUCCAGUUUUUAUUUUGCUUCUGGUGGCAGUAGCUUCGGCUCGAUCGGUUGAAGAGUUAUCCAUUGAAAGCAAUAGCAUGGACAAAGAUGUAAAUCUGGAAACUGUUUCAGAGGAUACUACUGAUAUAUCAGAACUGGGAGCUUCAACAGUAAAAGACCCAGACAAUGGUUUAAGUUCGUGGUAUGGAGGAAGUAAAAUUGCAUUUUCUGCAUUUCUCAGCAAACGUUACGAUCUUCUUGGAAAAGGGCAACAUGUGAAAUUCGACAAAGUGUUACUGAAUGAUGGGGACGGGUAUGAAGCAGUAACAGGGGUGUUCAGAACACAAACGACUGGGGUUUAUGUGUUUACGUACGCCAUAGCACAGAGAAGUAAAAAUGAGGUCCGUGUUAAUCUUAUGUACAACGGUAAUAUUGUCAAUGGAGCUGUUGCAGAAGGUGUGAGCACAUAUCAUGAUGUUCAGGGUACAAAUACAGCAAUAAUACACGUGGUUAAGGGAAAGCCAGUUUGGAUUGAGGCUGCAUCACAAGGUGCUCUGGAGGGAAACGAUGGUGACGGCCGAUACACUACAUUCAGUGGUUUCUUGUUGUACGCUAGAAAUUAACUUUGAUUGAUAUGAGACUAACAUUACUCCAAAAUAAUUGGUUUUGACCACGUUCUGUUACAGAGACACAAUUCUUGUGUAAAACUAUAUUCUUAUAUUGACCAAUUCUUACUAUUUAUUUAUUGAAUUAUUGAUAAUGCUAUAAAGUAAAAUACUUUCCUUGAAAAAAAACUUUUAUCACAAAA